AUGUUUGUUUUUAUUGCUUUUGGUGCAUCUCGCAUAUUCUUUCAAGAGAAUUUCGAUGAUUACAGUCUUAGCCGUUGGCAGAAGCCAGGAAAAGUAAGAAAAGGCAUUCAAUUAGGAACAGUUAGAACUUCAACUGGUGAUUUCUACGGUAAUGAAGUCAAAUGGAGAGGUAUGGAGACAAUGGAUGCUCAUAGAUUCUAUCUUUUAACAUCAAAUUUCUCAAAAGUCAUGGAUACAAGAAACAGAGAUCUUAUUCUUCAAUAUUCCGUUAGAAUUAACUACAAUGUCGAUUGCUCAGGUCAGUACAUCAAAUUACUUGACAAGUCUGCCGACACAUGGACAUUUUCUAACAAUACGAAAUAUGAGUUAAUGUUCGGACCAGAUAUCUGUGGUGCCACAUUCCGUAGAACCCAAGUCAUCAUCCGCUACAAGGGUGCUGAGUAUCCAACACUUCGUCCAUUAAAUUGCAUCAAAGAUCACUUAUCUCACUCAUAUACCCUUAUUAUUCGCGCAAAUAACACAUACGAAGUCGAUAUCGAUGGCGAGCCAAUCGACCAAGCUACUCUUGCCGAGAGAUUCGACAUUCCAGAAGAUUCUCAAACAAUGGAUCCGAAACCAGCCGAUUGGGAUGAUGAAGAAUUCAUUCUCGACGUCAACGAUAAGAAGCAAGAUGAUUGGUCGGACGAUGAAUACAUUCCAGAUCCAGAUGCAGUUAAACCAUUCGAUUGGGACGACUCCAUUCAUCCAUGGGAAGCUCCUUUGAUUGUCAAUCCUAACUACAAGGGUCCAUGGCAACAGAGGAUGAUCAAGAACCCGAAUUACAAAGGUCCAUGGCAACCAGAUGUUGAAAUCUUUGGUCACUUCAAUUCUCUUAAGUAUGUUGGCAUCGAGUUCAAGCAAUCAUGCCCAGGAUCUCUUUUCGACAACUUCCUUGUUACAGAUAAUGAAACAGAAGCUCGCGAAAUUCUCGAAAACAAUUUCUUGCAGUACAAGCUCCAGGAAGUCAAAUCUUUCGAUGAAAAGAAUAAGAGAGAGGCAAAGGUCCAGGAAUUGGAGAAUAUAAGAAGAGAUCGUGACAUGGAGAACCACCACGAUCCAGAUACUUUCGAGGAUGGAAAGGGUGAGUCAGAGAAGGAUUACUUCAUCGCUAGACGUAACCAGGAAGCAAGACUUCGUAGAAAAUAUAACAAGGGCCAAUUCGAUGAGCUCUAA